GCACAAAACACAUUCACACAAACAUGGCUAGAAAUCUUAGACUUACACCGCUACUCCUUCCCCUCUUGUUCUUGACGGCCUUGAUCAAAACUGCCCACGCUGGUGGCAUCGCCAUCUACUGGGGUCAAAACGGCAACGAGGGAACACUAACAGACACGUGUGCUACUGGAAGAUAUUCGUACGUAAACGUAGCCUUUCUCAACAAAUUUGGCAAUGGCCAAACCCCGGAUAUCAAUCUUGCGGGUCAUUGCAACCCAGCAUCCAAUGGGUGCACAAUAGUCAGCGAUGGCAUUAGAAAUUGCCAAAAGCGUGGAAUCAAGGUGAUGCUCUCCAUUGGAGGUGGAAUUGGAAGCUACUCUCUAGCUUCUGCUGCGGAUGCAGAAAAUGUAGCGCAAUAUUUGUGGAAUAAUUUCUUGGGUGGUAAGUCAUCAUCACGUCCCCUAGGCGACGCCGUAUUAGAUGGCAUAGACUUCGACAUAGAGCUUGGGUCGACUCAAUACUGGGAGGAUCUUGCAAAGUACCUAAAGGCAUAUAGCAAACCAGAAAGAAAGGUGUACUUGAGCGCAGCUCCCCAAUGUCCAUUUCCAGAUAGCUUUCUUGGUACUGCCCUUAACACAGGCCUUUUUGACUAUGUUUGGAUUCAAUUCUACAACAAUGCUCCAUGCCAAUAUAGUUCAGGUAACAUCAAUAACCUAAUAAGUUCAUGGAACCGAUGGACGACGUCGAUAAAGGCCGGGAGGAUAUUUUUGGGUUUACCAGCAGCUCCUCAAGCAGCUGGAAGUGGGUAUAUUCCUCCCGACGUGCUGACUUUUAAAAUUCUUCCCAUCAUUAGAAAGUCACCUAAAUAUGGAGGUGUGAUGCUUUGGUCAAAAUAUUAUGAUGAUCAGACUGGAUAUAGCUCCACCAUUUUGAAGAGCAUAUGAAUCAUGCUUUUGUCCUUUUUUAAAUGAUAAUUAUUGAGUUGUGUAUCUUUUUCAA